AUGACAUCUUCCACCUGCAUCUGUGGGAAAUGGUUCGCCGGAUCUGGAAAAUAUAAGGCCCGAUCUCAUUCUUCUCCUGGAAUCUAUCCCCCGACCACCACCAGUCGGCUAUAUUUGCCGGUCAGCCGACAGAUGACCGCGAUUUCGCUACAAAGUUCAUCUUAUCCGUCUCCCCGACAGCAGCUGCCCCCCAGCAGAAAAGUGGUACGGCUGGCAGGCUGUGCUGAAAUGGACUUUUUUCCCGGCGAUGACUUCGUGCUGAGGGGAUACUCUCACGGCUGGCAGGCUUUGUUCAACCCGGACAGCCUCGACCUGUUCCUGUACAAUCCCGUCUCUCGCGGCCGCAUAAAACUUCCCCCGAUCAAGCAGAGAGACCUGCCGAUUCACCCCUACUAUAACUCUAUUACUUACAUGAGGGAGAGCGUCGACAAGUGUAUCCUCUCAUCCUCCCCCGACGAGGACGAGGAAAACUGCCGGGCCGUGAUAAUCUUCAACUCCAUUGGGGCACUCGCCUGUUGCUGCCCGGGAAUCAGCGAGGUGUGGACCCCACUGGGUGAGAUGGAGAUGUUCCUGUGGUGGGACGAGGUGGCUGGCCGCCGGUGGAGGUGGUCCGGCAGCUACGAGGACUGCGUGUACUCGCCGGAGCACAAACUGUUGUUCGCCCUCACUACCAGCGGGCAUCUGAACUCGUGGGACCUGCGGGACCCGCUGGACCCGGAAAAAAGGGAGCUGGCUAAGCUGGACAGCAGCAGGCAUGAUCGUACAUUUGAUAAAUUCAAGUUUUACGAUGAGCGGUGUGAGCGUCGGCCAGAUAAUCUGCCGGUGGAGCAUCUGGCAGUGGUUGGGCGGGACUUGGUGGUGGUGACUCAGCAUGCUGGUGGUGGAUUUGACGUGCAUAGGUAUGAUGCGGUGGAAGAAGAAGGUGGAUUUAAGCGUUCGGGCCUCGGUGCUUGGGCCCUCUUCAUUGGCUUUCAGAGUAAUGCUUUUGCUUUGUCUGUGGCAAACUUCCCUGGGCUCAAGUCCAAUUCAAUCUACUUCACAGAUAACAUCUAUCAAGAUAACAGCACUCAAGUUGUCCACAUUUUCGAUUAUGAAGACAAGACCGUGUCGCUGAGCUAUUAUCCAUCUAAUGUUGAGGACCUUGAAAGGAUUAUGAAACAAGACAAGACCGAGCUAUUAUCCAUGUAA